AUUGACAGUAAGAAACAAGGUGGAUGGCAGCAACUGCAUAGUGGUCUACGUUUUAAACAAAGUGAAUUCUAUAUUACUAGCUAAUAGAUGAAUACACGUUGGUUGCUGUGAGCAGUCAAACGUUUUAGUACAAAGCCAGCCAACUAAUUUUGCAAAGUCAGUACAGCUAACGUUGGCUAUCUUGCUUCAUUUUGUUGAGACAGUUUGCUAGCUACCUAACGAUUAAACGGAGUAUUUUAGCUAAACACCAUUAUAGUAUUACUCAAAGGUCCGCGCUUACUAGGUCGCUAGCUUUUAAGCUAACAGUUCGCUAGUUGGUGUAGUGACCGACUUGUUUCUUGUAGCCUGUCACCGGCAAAAUGACCGUCUUUGAAAUGAAUAAUCGAUCCCUAGCUAACUUCAAAGCGCUUCAAAGCCAGUUGGGGCUGUAAAGAAACGGCGACAAGACGGCAAGAGAAGGGAAGAAGGCGCUCCUUCUGGAUUCAUCCACUGCAUCAUCAUCAAAAAUGGAGUUGACACUGGCGCAUCCAGCUCUCAAGGCCUUCAUGUGUGGCUCCCUGAGCGGCACAUGCUCCACGCUGCUCUUCCAGCCUCUGGACCUGGUCAAGACGCGCCUGCAGACCCUGCAGAACAACAUGAAGCCUGGGUAUGUAGUGGAGCUCGGCAAUUCGGACAAAAAUCCAUAUUGCCAUAAAUUGACAAAUGUUUUGCGAUUCAAUUAUCCAAAACUGCGCUCUGAUGCCGCUGAUAGCCUACCAAACUUGCUAACUUCUGCUAAUGGCUGGUACUCAGCCCUUCAUUGUCCCUUUAAAUCACUGUGUUCUUCUGAAAUAGGCUACAUUUUCUUCACCUCAUAAUGUUUCUUUAGACCUGCCUAAAAUAAACAAUGGAUUUAUUGUAAUGCUGUAAGCAAUAUUAAAUGGAUUUAUUGUAAUGCUGUAAGCAAUAUUAAAUGGAUUUAUUGUAAUGCUGUAAGCAAUAUUAAAUGGAUUUAUUGUAAUGCUGUAAGCAAUAUUAAAUGGAUUUAUUGUAAUGCUGUAAGCAAUAUUAAAUGGAUUUAUUGUAAUGCUGUAAGCAAUAUUAAAUGGAUUUAUUGUAAUGCUGUAAGCAAUAUUAAAUGGAUUUAUUGUAAUGCUGU